AUGGGCUCCAUCAGUGCAGCAAAUGCAGAAUUUUGUUUUGAUGUAUUCAAAGAGCUGAAAGUCCACCAUGCCAACGACAACAUCUUCUAUUCCCCCUUGAGCAUCGUCGCAGCCCUGGCCAUGGUCUAUCUGGGAGCAAGAGGUAACACUGAGUAUCAGAUGGAAAAGGUUCUUCACUUUGACAAAAUUGCCGGACUUGGAGGAACUAUUCAGACCAAGUGUGGCAAGUCUAUGAAUAUCCACUUACUGUUCAAAGAACUUCUCUCAGAUAUGACUGCACCGAAAGCUAAUUAUUCACUCCACAUUGCCAACAGACUCUACGCUGAAAAGACAUGUCCAGUCCUACCGAUUUACUUAAAAUGUGUGAAGAAACUGUACAGAGCAGGUCUGGAAAUGGUCAACUUCAAAUCAGCAUCAGAUCAGGCCAUACAGCUCAUUAAUUCCUGGGUGGAAAACCAUACAAAUGGACAGAUCCAAGAUUUCCUUGAACCUGGCUCUGUUGGUCUUGACACUAUGCUGGUCCUUGUGAAUGCCAUUUACUUCAAAGGGAUAUGGAAGACAGCAUUUAAAGAAGAAGACACUAGGGAACUUCCCUUCAGCGUGACAAAG